AUGGCAAAGGAAGCCGAGAUCCUUCAGAUGUACCGUGAUAAGUGGGUUCGAUGGCUUGGAAAGAUCUAUGUAUCCCUUUUCGCUCAGGAGGGGAUAGUCCGCAGGCUGAAGAACUGCGCGGUGAGCCAGGGCGAGUGGCUUAGUUUUUCGCAGAAUAUCUGGGCUGAGGCGAGGACGCCCCGCGUGUUUGCGGUGGAAAUGUCGGGGGCGAAGCUUAAAUCUGUGGCAUGCGGACCUCUCAGGGCCGGAGGGCCUGAGGGCUUGCCCGAACCAAAGGAAAAGGGGCCCCUGAAAAGAUCAACCGGGAUAUUGCUGCCGACCGAGGCAUCUUGA